AGCCAAUCACAACUCUCCGCUCCACGUGUUGUUUUGAAGGAGGCCCUUGAGUUGUUUUGGACUUGUUCACUGCACGUGUAGCCACAAGAUGUCAGCAGGAGGUCAGAGCACCGGGAGCCGGGACAUCCCCUCCGUCAGACGGGUCACCAUCCACGACGCUGCCCACAUGCCCCAGGAUUACUCCACCACUCCUGGGGGAACUCUGUUCAGCACCACGCCGGGAGGUACCAGAAUCAUCUACGACAGGAAGUUCCUCCUGCAGUGCCGGACGUCUCCUCUAGCUCGUACUCCUCCCAAUCUGCCCGACAUCCCUGGAGUCACCACGCCGCUCAAACCCAACUCCUCCAACGACACAAACCAGCCUGAACAGACGCCCAACAAUAACACCAACCACAGCCAGCACACCGAGGAGAACCCAGAUGCCCAGUUUGAAAUGGACAUCUGAGGAAGGGUUCGGCUGCAAGGAUAAAGUGAUUCCCAACAUUUUUAUUGCUUUUUUUUUGUUUACUGAGAUUAAAAAAUCCUCAAUUGAAAUGAGAAGCAUAGAUUAACUAAACUGCGUAAUCUAAUUUCAGAUUUGUUCUGAAAACAAGCAGUAUUUUUUUUGGUCAAUGCUUUCUAUUUGUUAAAAUGUUGUUCUCUUAUAAAACAACACUACUGUAACUGAUGCAUGAAAUUAUUUGAUUACUUUGAAUAAACUUGACUUUGUAUGACUAUGACAUGUUUGACAAGCAACUCAAAGUCUUAUUGAAA